UCAUUUCGACCUCAUCACCCACACUCGUUAACAUACACUCCCCACGCCGGUUUUUGGUUGAUCUAUCACUUCUUGAUCUUCCUUUUUGGUUCUUUGGAAUACUCCGCCAUUGUUAGGAACAUCGGUUUCCCUCGCGCCAUUGCCCACCUCGAGAAGAUUACUAGAUCUCACGAGACGAAACAAAAGAAAACAAAACAAAAAUGCAUACCUUUCUCAGCCACGCCAAGACACGAAACAGGAGUGUCCAAUUGGACAAUGUCUCCAUGCAGUCGGUCGCUUCUGAGCAGCAAUCGAGUCGGGGCUCGGUCUCGGCACCGGCACCAGCACCAGCAGCUCCGAGGCUCAGGUCCAACAGCGCCGCUCUUUCUCAUCAGGAGAACCAGGACCCUUUCGUCCGACACUACAGAAGCAUGCUUGUCGUGGAUGCACCAACCAUCAAGCCACUGAAGCCCAUGGACUAUUCUGGACUAUAUGACAACAAUGUGCCUCCUCAUUACGCUGAAGCUUCGCCCGAAUUGGCCCCCAGUGCCCCAAGCACGCAGCCACUUAUUGUGAACGAGAACAAGAACAUUGUUCGCAGAAAGUUGACCGGCUACGUUGGUUUCGCCAACUUGCCGAACCAAUGGCACCGCAAGAGUGUACGAAAGGGCUUCAACUUCAAUGUCAUGGUUGUCGGUGAAUCUGGCCUGGGUAAAUCCACCCUCGUUAACACUCUCUUCAACACCUCCCUGUACCCUCCCAAGGAGCGCAAGGGACCCAGUCUGGACAUCAUCCCCAAGACUGUUACCAUUCAGUCCAUCAGCGCAGAUAUCGAGGAGGCCGGCGUCCGCCUUCGCCUCACAGUCGUCGAUACCCCUGGUUUUGGUGACUUUGUGAACAACGAUGAGUCGUGGAGACCUAUUGUCGAGAACAUCGAGCAGCGAUAUGACGCAUACUUGGAUGCCGAGAACAAGGUCAACCGCAUGAACAUUGUUGAUAACAGAAUCCACGCCUGUGUCUACUUUAUUCAACCCACAGGUCACUCCCUGAAGCCCCUGGACAUUGAGGUCAUGCGUCGUCUUCACACCAAGGUCAACUUGAUCCCCGUCAUCGCCAAGGCCGACACCCUGACCGACGAGGAGAUUGUUGCUUUCAAGGCCAGAAUCCUUAGCGACAUCAAGCACCACGACAUCCAGAUCUUUGAGGGCCCUCGCUACGAGCUAGACGAUGAGGAGACUAUUGCCGAGAAUAAUGAGAUCAUGUCCAAGGUGCCUUUUGCCGUCGUCGGUGCGAACAACGAGAUCACCAACGCCGAUGGUCGUAAGGUCCGUGGCCGUCGUUACCCCUGGGGUGUCAUCGAGGUCGACAACGAGGAGCACUGCGACUUCGUCAAGCUUCGACAAAUGCUUAUCCGCACGCACAUGGAGGAGCUCAAGGAGCACACCAACAAUGCCCUGUACGAGAACUACAGAACUGACAAGCUUACUGCUAUGGGUGUUGCUCAAGACCCUAGCGUCUUCAAGGAGGUCAACCCUGCCGUCAAGCAAGAAGAGGAGCGUGCUCUACACGAGCAGAAGCUCGCCAAGAUGGAGGCCGAGAUGAAGAUGGUCUUCCAACAAAAGGUGGCCGAGAAAGAAAGCAAGUUAAAGCAGAGCGAAGAAGAGCUCUACGCCCGGCAUCGCGAGAUGAAGGAGCAGCUGGAGCGGCAACGAUCAGAACUCGAGGAGAAGAAGGGCAGACUCGAGAGUGGCAGGCCGAUCGAGAAGGAGGGCAAGCGCAAGGGUUUCUCCCUGCGUUAGCACGUCGCAUCAUCGACUCGUCCUUCUCUACGACUCAUGCCCCGAGCCCUAAUGAUUCCCACUGCCAAAACAAGCCUGUCGCGUUCUUUUCGCUUCUUGCUCUUGUCUAUUCACUCUCUUGUUUUAAUUAUUCUCUAAUACACGCGUCUGUCAGAAGAUGGUCUUCAGCGAAGGCAAAUCAUGAGCGAACGGCGCCAUCAAAUCACCAACGGCAUCGUAAUUGGCCGACAACAAAGUCAACCUCGCGUUAGAGAUCCCA